AUGCUGCUAGCUUUCCGCCUGAUUUCCCGAAGUGCUUCUGCUAGAAUAUCCAUAGCCCACCCACACGCUCUGCUUGUUGCCGCAUCGAAGUUUUACGACCCCCCCGAUCCCGACUACUGUCGCCAACACUCCGAGACCCCCCUCCCACCAUCUCACCACCGACACCCGAGCCACGAUGAAGUACACCCUCGUCGUCUCUCUCCUCGCCGCCAGCGUGGCCGCGCAGACGAUCGACCAGCUUGUCGAAGAGAUCCCUACCUGCGCCGUCACCUGUAUCCGCGAUGGAGCCCAGGCGGUGAACUGCGACGUCACGGAUUUCACGUGCUCGUGCUCAAAGGUCGGGGAGCUGACUUCCUCCGUCGUCCCCUGCCUCGCCACGUCCGGUUGCAACUCCUCGGAUCAAGCCAAGGUCCUCCAGCUCGCCACCCAGAUCUGCGCCAUGGUCGGCGAGGGCGGGCAAGUCUCUGCCGCCGCCACGACCGGCACCGCUACCACAACCUCCACCGGCACCGCCACGGGGGCCGCCGCCGUCACCUCCAGCACGGCACCCAGCGCCGCCGACAGACUGCAGGCCGCCGGUUGGGCCGGGGCCAUCGCCGCCGCCGCCGCCUUUGCCCUCUAAGUCCGUCCGACGACGGAGUGCCAUCGUCCCACCGGGCUCUUUGCGCAGCUACCUACUCUUUAUAUUUUUCUUAA